AUGAUUCAACAGGAGUAUCUACCUAUUGGUAUAAACAAUACAUAUUCAACUCAAUGUCAAUUUUGGGAUUAUGAUGAUAUAACUAAAUGUACAAGAUUUAAAUUAGAUUAUUAUACACCAAUUAUAUUAACAUCAAUAUCUUUAACUAUAUUAUUAAUAAAAACUAUAAUAUCAUAUAGUAAAAAGAAUAAAAAUAAAAUACAAUUAAAUGAAAAUGAAAAUCGUCCUUUAUUAGCAACUAGUGAUAAUUAUGGAUCAACUAAUAUAACAACUACCGAUAAUAAAAAAUUAACAAAAGAAGAUUUGAAAUCUUUACAUUUUGAUUUAUCAAAAUUACCAGAUACAAAUUUAGAUGGAACACCUCAUGGUUAUGUUCAAGAAGUUUAUAAAAAUAUGAGUGAAAGAUUUAGAAUUGCAUUUGAAUUCAUUUUGGUUUUAUUAUCGUUAAUAUUACAUCUAUCACCAUUUUUUUUGAAACCAUUACAUAAAGAAUUUAAACAUACUUAUAUACCACUUGUUCAAACUAUUUUUUGGUCAUAUAUUUUCAUCAUAGUAUCAAUAAGAGUCAUUAACAUAAAUCAAGUAUACAUAAGGUUACCAAAUUUAUGGAUUCAUACAACAGCAUUAUAUUUCUUUUAUUUUUUCCCUACUUUAUUGACUUUUAGAUCAGCUAUAAUUUCUACUAAUAUGAAUAAAUUAAUUAGUAAAUAUUAUAUUUGGGAAUUCAUAUUUAGUGCAUUAUUAUUAUUUUUGAAUUUUACUGCAACUAUUGGUGAUAAACCUUCACAAUUGUAUAUCACACCAGGAAUUGAACCAAAUCCAGAAAAUAUUUCAAGUAUAGCUUCAUUUGUAUCUUAUAGUUGGUUAGACAGAAUGGUUUGGAAAUCAUAUAAACAACCAUUAAGUAAAAAUGAUAUAUGGGGAUUAAGAGAAGAUGAUUAUGCAUUAUAUGUUUUAAAAGCUUUUGAAGCAUCAAAAUCAACUUUAUCUUUUACUUAUAAAAUAUUUUGGCAUUUUAAAUUUUUAUUUGCAGUACAAGCAUUUUGGGCAAUUUUAGAAUCAAUGCUUAUAUUUGGACCUUCAGUUUUAUUGAAAAAAGUUUUAGAAUAUGUUGCAAAUCCAAAUUCAAUUUCUGCAAAUUUAGCUUGGACUUUUGUAUUUAUGAUGCCAAUAAUGAAGAUGUUAGAUUCUAUUGCAUCUGGAUGUUCAUUAUUUUUAGGUAGAAGAGUUUGUUGUAGAAUGAAAGCAGUUAUUAUUGGUGAAGUUUAUGCAAAAGCUUUAAGAAGAAAAAUUACAGUUACUGAAACAAAAGCUGAUGAUUCAUUAGAUGAUAAAGAUGAAAAUGAUGAUUCUGUAUCUGAUGAAUCUUCAACUCAUGAAAAUAAAAAAACAGCUGAAUUGGGAGCUAUUAUUAAUCUUAUGGCUAUUGAUGCAUUUAAAGUUUCUGAAAUAUGUGGUUAUUUACAUUAUUUUGUUGGAGCUAUUUUGAUGAUUGGUAUUUGUACUAUUUUACUUUACAAUUUAUUAGGUUGGAGUGCAUUAGUUGGUUCAUUAACUAUUGUUGUUUUAUUACCAAUCAAUUAUAAUAUGGCUCAAUGGAUGGGAAGAUUACAAAAGAAAAUGUUGGGAAUAACAGAUCAAAGAAUUCAAAAAUUAAAUGAAACUUUUCAAAGUAUUAGAAUUAUUAAAUUUUUUGCAUGGGAAGAUAAAUUUUUUGAAAGUGCAAUGAAAAUUAGAGAAGAAGAAAUUAGAUACUUGAAAUGGAGAUGUGGAGUUUGGUGUGCAGCUGCAUUCAUUUGGUUUAUAACUCCUACUUUAAUUACUUUACUUUCAUUUUAUUGUUAUACCAUAAUUGAAGGUAAAACUUUAACUGCUCCAAUUGCUUUUACUGCUUUAUCUUUAUUUACUUUGUUAAGGUCACCAUUAGAUCAAUUGGCUGAUAUGACAUCAUUUGUUAUUCAAUCAAAAGUUUCAUUAGAUAGAGUUACUGAUUUUUUGGAUGAAGCGGAAACUUCUAAAUAUGAUCAAUUAGCUCAAGAAAAAGGACCAAAUUCUCCAGAAAUUGGAUUUGAAAAUGCAACAUUAUCUUGGAAUCAACUGUCUAAAACAGAUUUUAGGUUAAGAGAUAUUAAUAUUACUUUCAAACCCGAAAAAUUAAAUGUUAUUAUUGGUCCUACUGGAUCUGGUAAAACUUCUUUAUUAUUAGGACUUUUAGGUGAAAUGGAUUUACUCAAAGGGAAAGUAUUUUUACCAGGUAUAAUUCCAAGAGAUGAUUUAAUUCCAGAUACAAAUGGUUUAACCGAAUCUGUAGCUUAUUGUUCACAAACUGCUUGGUUAUUAAAUGACACAAUUAGAGGAAAUAUAACAUUUGGUGCACCUUUCAAUCAAGAUCGUUAUGAUAAAGUUAUUGAUGCAUGUGGUUUAACUCGUGAUUUACAAAUAUUGAGUGCUGGUGAUCAAACUGAAGUUGGAGAAAAAGGUAUUACAUUAUCUGGAGGUCAAAAACAAAGAGUUUCAUUAGCAAGAGCAUUAUAUUCAAAUGCAAAACAUCUUUUAUUAGAUGAUUGUUUAUCAGCAGUUGAUUCACAUACUGCUUUAUGGAUUUAUGAAAAUUGUAUUACUGGACCAUUAAUGGAAAAUAGAACAUGUAUAUUAGUAUCACAUAAUGUUGCUUUAACAGCUCAACAUGCAGAAUGGAUUGUUAUAAUGGAUAAUGGUAGAGUUAAAAAUCAAGGUACAACUGAAGAUAUGUUAGCAUCUGGAGAUUUAGGAGAUGAUGAAUUAAUUAAAACUUCUGUAAUGAAUUCAAGAAAUCAAUCAAGUUCGAAUUUACAAACUUUAGGUGAUAAAAAUGCAGAAAUGAAAUCAAAAUUAGCAGUCAUUGAACAAAAAUUACAAGCAGUUAAAACAAAUGAUGAGAAUGAAGAUGAUGAACCAUUGGUCAAAACUGAUGGUAAAUUAGUUGAAGAAGAAAAUAAAGCUGAAGGUGUUGUUGGAUCUAAAGUUUAUAUUGAAUAUGCUAAAGUAUUUGGUGGUUGGAAAGUUUGGACUUUAAUAUUUGUUGCAUUUAUUACAUCUCAAGGUGUUUAUAUGUUUCAAUCUUGGUGGUUAAGAACUUGGUCAUUACAUAGUGAACAUGUUGAAUCAUUAUAUAUUAAAUAUGUUGGUCAUGGAGCAAUUAUGGAUAGUUCACAUUAUAAUCAAUUACCAUUAGUUAGAAAUUUAAUGGGAGCUAUAAAAUUAAUUGGAUUUGGUUACCUUAAAAUUAAUGAAAUUGUUGAAGAACAUUCAACUUCUUAUUAUAUUGCAAUUUAUGGUAUUAUUGGAUUUGUUUAUGCAUUUACUGCAUGUUUCAGAGUUUAUGUUACAUUUUUUGCAGGUAUUGAAGCAUCAAAUAGAAUUUUCAAAAAAGUUUUAAAAACAAUUUUAAGAGCUAAAUUAAGAUUUUUUGAUAAAACUCCAUUAGGUCGUAUAAUGAAUAGAUUUUCAAAAGAUAUUGAAUCUGUUGAUCAAGAAGUUACUCCAUUUGCUGAAGGUGCAUUCAUAUGUUUAGUUCAAUGUAUUUCAACUUUAAUUUUGGUUAGUUUUAUAACUCCUGGAUUUUUAUUCUUUGCUGUUAUUAUUUCAUUUUUAUAUUAUUUAGUUGGUUAUUUUUAUUUAACAUUAUCAAGAGAAUUAAAAAGAUUUGAAUCAAUUACUAAAUCACCAAUUCAUCAACAUUUUUCAGAAUCAUUAAAUGGUGUAGCUACUAUAAGAGCUUAUGGAAUUGAAUCUAGAUUUAUGAAACAAAAUUUACAAGCAAUUGAUAAUAAUAAUAGACCAUUUUUUUAUUUAUGGGUAGCUAAUAGAUGGUUAUCAUUUAGAAUUGAUGCAGUUGGUUCUUUAGUUAUGUUAUUUGCAGGUAUAUUUGUUUUAUUAUCAGUUGGUAAAAUUGAUGCUGGAUUAGCUGGUUUAUCAUUAUCUUAUGCUAUAGCUUUUAGUGAAAGUGCAUUAUGGAUAGUUAGACUUUAUGCAAAUGUUGAAAUGAAUAUGAAUUCAGUUGAAAGAUUACAAGAAUAUCUUGAAGUUGAACAAGAACCACCUUAUGAAAUUAAAGAAACUGAACCAGCUUUGAAUUGGCCAGAAAAUGGUGAAAUUGAAGUUGAUGAUGUUUCUCUUAGAUAUUCACCAGAAUUACCAAGAGUUAUUAAAAACGUUACUUUCAAAAUCGAACCAUGUAAUAAAGUUGGUAUUGUUGGUAGAACAGGUGCUGGUAAAUCAACAAUUAUUACUGCAUUUUUCAGAUUCUUAGAUCCAGAAAGUGGAUCUAUAAAAAUAGACAAUGUUGAUAUUACAACUAUUGGUUUAAAAAAUUUAAGACAAGCUAUUACAAUUAUUCCUCAAGAUCCAACUUUAUUUGCAGGUACAAUUAGAACAAAUUUAGAUCCUUUUGAACAAUAUCAAGAUAAUCAAAUUUUUGAAGCAUUAAAAAGAGUUAAUUUAAUUAAACCUAAUGAAAAUAUAAAUUCAACAGAUGAAGAAAAUCAAAAUAAAUUUCUUAAUUUAGAAAACCCAAUAACUGAAGGUGGUGGAAAUUUAUCUCAAGGUGAAAGACAAUUAGUUUGUUUAGCAAGAUCAUUAUUAAAAAAUCCUAAAGUUAUACUUCUUGAUGAAGCAACUUCAAGUAUUGAUAAUGUUUCAGAUUCUUUAAUUCAACAAACUAUAAGAUCAGAAUUUAAUAAUAGUACAAUUUUAACAAUAGCUCAUAGAUUAAGAACCAUAAUAGAUUAUGAUAAAAUUUUAGUUAUGGACGCUGGUAAAGUAGUUGAAUAUGAAAACCCUUAUGUUUUAAUAAGUGAUAAAAAUUCAUUAUUUUAUAGUAUGUGUGAAAAUAGUGGUGAAUUAGAUAGUUUAAUUAAAUUAGCAAAAGAAUCAUUUAUUGAAAAAAAGAAUCAAAAAAAUGGUAAGAAAUAG